AUGAAGUUCAUUGGUUUGGGCAACAGUUUAUUGGAAUAUCCAUCGACGUUUCAGACCAUGUACUUUGCCAGUUCCACGCAAGGCGUGCAGGCAACUUCCCAGAGUGCUUUUCCACCGAUCGUCAAGCCUCCUAUCCGUGCUCGCUCUGCUGAUGGGCUAGAGAUGUAUGUCACUGUGAGCUUUCAGUGGAAGCUCGAGCCGCAGGCUUUGACCCCCUUGUACUACCUGCUGGGUGAGGAGGGCUAUGAUGAUGCUUUCGUUCGGUUUGCCCGCGCAGCAAUCAUUAGCACAUGUUCGCAUUUCCCUGCUGACAUGUACUUCACCAACCGUACCAUCAUCAUCGCCGCCAUGCUGGAGGACUUAGAAAGAAACUUCCAACUUCCGGACAAAGGUCUGCAAGCGAAUAUCAAAGGCUUACAGCUCCAAGAGGUGGAUUUGCCCGAUGAGUUCGACGUCGAGAUCGGGCAGACGCAAGCCCAGCUGCAGGAGCUCGAGGUUGCCUUUGCCGAGCGCGUGGAGAGAGAAGUAGCUAUGCAGACUGAGCUACUCGUCUCUACUCAGCAGGUGCUGAGAAAUUUGGAGACUCAACGUGGUGAGUCUGAAGGAGUUCUGGAGCUCAAUCAAGCUGAGGUCGACCAACUGCUCCUAUUCCAGGAGCGGCAGGCUCUUGCCAACAACGCGAUCUUGCAGCAGUUCGAGAAUGAUACGCAGCCCUUUGAAAGGCUGUUCGAGCUGAUGGAAGUUCGACUGCUGGACGGCCACAACUCUGAGAAUCUCAUGUUUUCCCUGUAG